AUGGUCGACUUGCCCCCAAGAAAUAUGAUAUGAUGCCUUCCUUCUCAGCCGCAAGUACAAGCGCGUUCAGAAUGGCUCUCCUCACAAGCUCCCCGUCUCAGGCCGGCUAGCAAAAGCACUGCCCUCCUCACCUCCCAGCAAAGAUCGCCCUCCCACAUCAUAACUUCCUCCUCAACCACCCCAAGGAUACGCCCCCUCCACACCACACCCGCCGCCCACCGCGUUCGCUUACCCCAGCGCCUAACAGCCACCACCAACCGGCCCGACGAGCGCCCGCCCUCAGAGCCGCCCACAACUGACUUCGGGCGCAUGGACAUGCUCGGCGACAUUCCCGUGCCGUCCACGUCCAUCGACGUCUGUCACGCGGACGGGUUCGUGCUCAACUCAGGGGUGCAGGUCCGCGGUGGCUCCGGGGUGCUGCUUGUCGGUGGCGAGGCGUUUACCUGGCGGCCGUGGGAAGCGAAGGGCAGUAAGAAGCUGGUGAAUGAGAAGGGCCAGUGGGAGGUGCCGAGUGAGGUGUGGGGGGUUUUGGGGGUUAUCUGGCCAAAGCCGGACCUCUUGAUCGUUGGCGUCGGUCCAGAGAUUCGCCCGCUGAGCCCUGCCACGCGGCAGGCCAUCAGUGCGCUGGGUAUCCGCGUCGACGUGCUAGACACACGCAACGCUGCUUCGCAGUACAACAUGCUCGCGACAGAGCGCGGGGUGAACGAUGUGGCGGCUGCCCUGAUCCCGAUCGGUUGGAAGGAUGGUAUUGGUGUGGUGUUUUCCUCGUCGUCAUCGGCCGCAGCUGGAGGGAAGAAGGAGUGUAAUAAGGGGUAA